ACAUGGGCGCAAUCUGUAACACCGGCAGGGUUUGUGCUUUACGGCAGUGAUCUUUUUAUUAUGCGAUUCGUUUCAACAUCAAGGCUUCCUUGUAUUCGUACAUUUUUAUGGCUAGAUAGUGUAUAGUUGUUUGUUUGUCAACAUCCCUUCAGUAGCCUUAAAUCUCUCACGCUAUUUCUGUCGUUUCAAUGGCAAGACGGCAAUUAAAGGUACAGACGCCUAUCGAUUAUUAUUGUCCAGCCAGCUAGGUUGGUCGUGCUGUAUCAAAGUGAAUCGCAAAGGCCAGAGGCGGAUUGAGUGAUCAAGGUGGCCGAGAGAGGAGAGAGAAGAUGGGCUCGGGCUUUCGGAGUGAGGAGAUGUGUUUGGCGCAGCUGUUCCUGCAGUCCGGUUCGGCGUACGACUGCAUCAGCGAACUGGGAGAAAUGGGACUGGUCGAAUUUCGAGAUCUCAACCCCAGCGUCAGCUCCUUCCAGCGACGCUUCGUCAGUGAGAUCAAGAGAUGUGAGGAGAUGGAGAGGAUUCUGGGGUAUCUGCUGAGAGAAAUUAAGAAGGCUAAUAUUGCAGUGCCAGAGGCUGAAGUCCCUCCUGUUGCUCCUGCACCUAAAAAUGUCUUAGAGAUCAUGGAGCAACUGCAGAGGCUGGAGGUGGAACUCAGUGAGGUCGCCAAGAAUAAAGAAAAGCUUCAGCGGAACCUGCUCGAGCUGACCGAGUACACGCACAUGCUGCGAAUCACACGCACAUUCGUGCACAGCCGCUCCAGGCAUGAAGCCCUGGGCCCUCAGUAUGAAGAGUUCCCAUCUCUGGACACUGAAUCAGUGACAGGCUGCACCAGUAUGCAGAGACUGGGCGCCAAACUCGGGUUUAUCUCAGGACUGAUUCAGCGGGUGAAGGUGGAGGCGUUUGAGCGUAUGCUCUGGCGGGUCUGUAAAGGUUACACCAUCCUCAGCUACGCAGAGGUGGACGAGAGCCUGGCUGAUCUUGACACGGGGGAGAUCAAUAAGAAUGUAGUGUUCCUCAUCUCGUUUUGGGGUGACCAGAUUGGGCAGAAGGUUCAAAAAAUUUGCGACUGUUACCACUGCCAUCUCUACCCCCACCCUGAAACGGACGAGGAAAGAGCCGAUGUGAUGGACAGCUUGAGGACACGCAUCCAAGACUUACAAAACGUUUUGCACCGAACUGAGGAUUACUUGAAGCAGGUCUUGCAUAAGGCAUCUGAGUCAGCGCACUCAUGGGUGCUGCAAGUGAAGAAGAUGAAAGCAAUCUAUCACAUCCUCAACCUCUGCAGCUUUGACGUCACCAACAAGUGUCUCAUCGCUGAAGUGUGGUGUCCAGUCAGUGACCUGGCGAAUCUGAGGCGGGCGCUGGAGGAGGGCUCAAGAAAAGGUGACGCCACCGUCCCAUCCUUCGUGAACCGUAUCCCAAGCAGUGACACUCCGCCGACACUUUUGAGGAGCAACAAGUUUACCUCGGGCUUCCAGAGUAUAGUGGAAGCUUAUGGAGUGGGCGACUACAGGGAGGCCAGCCCGGCUCCUUAUACCAUUAUCACCUUUCCCUUCUUGUUUGCGGUGAUGUUUGGAGAUCUUGGUCAUGGUGCAGUCAUGACACUUUUUGCUUUGUGGAUGGUAUUGACUGAGAAGGACCACACACGGAGGCGACCUGGAAAUGAGAUCUGGACGAUUUUUUUUGAUGGGCGGUACAUCAUACUGAUGAUGGGAUUAUUCUCCAUAUACACUGGACUCAUUUAUAAUGACUGUUUCUCCAAAUCCCUUAACAUCUUUGGCUCAGCCUGGAGCGUCAAGGCCAUGUUCACAGAACAGGAGUGGUCAAAUGAAACUCUACAAAUGAAUACUUUACUCACCUUGGAUCCCAACGUUUCUGGUGUUUUCUCUGGACCAUAUCCACUGGGCAUUGAUCCAAUUUGGAACAUGGCCGUGAAUCGCCUGACUUUCCUCAACUCCUAUAAAAUGAAGAUGUCUGUGAUCAUUGGAGUCAUCCACAUGAGCUUUGGGGUGGUGCUCAGUGUCUUCAACCACUUGCACUUCCGACAGAAGUUUAAGAUCUAUCUUCUCUUUCUUCCUGAGCUGCUCUUUCUACUUUGUCUCUUUGGGUACUUGGUCUUCAUGAUCUUUUACAAAUGGCUGGCGUUCUCAGUGCAAGACUCACGGUUGGCUCCAAGCAUUCUCAUCCAUUUUAUCGACAUGUUCCUAAUGCAGGGGAAUGCCACUACGCCCCUGUACCCUGGGCAGAUGGGACUGCAGGUGUUUCUAGUCGUGGUGGCUCUGCUAUCGGUGCCAGUGCUGCUACUCGGGAAACCUCUUUACCUCUACUGGCUGCAUCAUGGCGGGAAGAGACUGGGGGUCCACAGGGUUUGUCUGUGUUCUUGUGGCUACGAGAGAGUUCGGCGUGUGAGUGAAGAAGAUCUGUCACCGUCUGUAGUCCAUGAUGAAGAGGAGGGACUAAGUGACUCAGGAAAGCCUCAGGAGUUUGAUUUCGGAGACGUCUUCCUGCAUCAAGCAAUUCACACCAUAGAGUACUGUUUGGGCUGCAUUUCCAACACAGCCUCCUACUUGCGUCUCUGGGCCCUGAGUCUCGCCCACGCCCAGCUGUCAGAGGUACUGUGGGCGAUGGUGAUGCGUCUGGGUCUGAGGAUGAGCUCCAGACUGGGUGUGCUUUUCCUUGUGCCUGUGUUCAGUGUCUUUGCUCUGCUCACUGUCUCCAUUCUCCUGAUCAUGGAGGGUCUGUCCGCUUUCCUCCAUGCUCUGCGUCUUCACUGGGUGGAAUUUCAGAACAAAUUCUACAGUGGAACAGGAGUCAAAUUUGCCCCCUUUGACUUCUCUCUGUUACCUUCUGUUUUUGAGCAAGAUGGGUUACUCUGACUGUAACCCACGACUCUUUGAACAAGACACUGUAGCUUAAUAUGACCUACUGAACUUUGGGCACCGGACUGGUUGGAUCAGUAGACUAAACCUAUUUGCACCAAUUCAUAUCAGAUGUUUCUGGUGCGGGAUAAUCAGCUGUGGCUCCAUCAUGUACUGUCAUUCGAGGAGUGUCAACAAAGUCCUGUUAUUAUAUUUAUCUUAAGAGAUAUGACUUGUAUUUGGUAUCGCACCUUCAUAAGCAUCUGCUGUCAUAUCGAUUUUCAAAGUGCCAUAACUAUUUUUCAAUGUACAGUUUUGUAUGCUACACUAAAUUGUACUUUUGCUUGCUUUAGCUAGGUCUUACACAUAGAAAAACUUUGCAGGUAAAUUAUGCUGUAGGCAAUGCUAUGUAAUGCUGUGCAAUGAACAUGCCAAAUAACAAAUAUAAUUUCCAAUGUGAUAUUAAAGCAUAA